AUGUUAUCUAGAACAGGUACCAGGUACCGCACGACCCAACCCGCGUCUGCAGCAUGUCGGGGUACCGUGAUCGGCCAUCCGCAAUCACCGAAAUGGACCCCCAAAGGGGCGGCGCUUCGCUCCUCAGUGCUUGAAAAACUCGAGUCGCAACUUCUGCCAGAUAGACUUCGUUCAUAUUUUUUUUUUAUAUACUCCAUUAAUUCACUUCGAUCCUCAAACUCGGUGUUUUGUCCGUUGGGCCAGGCCACUCUACCGAUCUCUCUCUCCGCUGCCCCUGUAACGCCCCUCUCGGGUCCUGUCGCAUCUUCAUCUACUUGA